AUGAGCUUGUCUCUCAUUCAAGGCUAUUCGUCUGCUGAAGAAGAUGAACCCCACCAACCUCCCAUCCACGAUUCCGACACCGACGACCAAGAAUACGCCGACGAAAACGCCGGCGAACCCUCCGCCGCUUCCCAUCCGUCGUUGGGAGAUAGAUCUAUCUUCGACCACCUUCCCCCACCUCCUUCUGCUUCCGGUCUUCCUUCUGCAUUCGACGCUUUCUCCGAAAUUCCAGGACCACCUCAAUUCCUCAAUAAUAGCGUGGAUGAGUUCAAUCCAGCAAAACAGGCUGAUCAACGAGGUUCAAGAAGGCAUCGCAGGGAGAAGAGGGAUUUACCCACAGGUGUUCUAUAA